AUGAAAGUUGUGGUUAUUGGUGGAACUGGAUUUAUCGGUAAAUAUGUCGCAAAAGCGUUCAUACGAGAUCCAAAUACAUCAAUAGCACUAGCAGCACGUAAUCCAAAACUCGAUCAACUUCAAAAUUUAGGUAAUCAGAUUCUCCCACCCAUAAAGAUGGACAUAACAUCUCCUUCAGAAGUCACGGGGGCGUGUAAAGGAGCCAAUACCGUGAUUAAUCUCGUGGGGAUCAUGCACGAGAAACCGCCAAAAUACACGUUUAAGGCCGUUCAACAUGAAGGUGCACGCAAUGUCGCAAUUGCAGCACGAGAAAAUGAUGCAGCAUUGGUGCACGUGAGCGCUAUUGGUGCGGAUCCGAAAAGUGACAUUCCAUAUGCAAGAACCAAAGGAUUGGGAGAAAGUUCCGUUCGUCAAGAGUAUCCUAGUGCAGCGAUUAUUCGCCCAAGUUUGGUAUUCGGACCUGAGGAUGAUUUUUUCAAUCGAUUUGCAAAACUUGCAAGACUUCUUCCAUUUAUGCCAGUAUUCGGUGGCGGAACUACAAAAUUCCAACCAAUCUAUGUAUGGGAUCUGGCGGAUGCAAUAUUUAAGGCUGCGACGGAUCCUAAAUAUCGAGGAAAGGUCAUCGAAGCUGGUGGUCCAACUGUGUAUACCUAUAGAGAAAUAAUCCAACUUACACUGGACCAAGCAGGAAUCAAACGACCAAUUGUAUCCAUGCCAUGGAGCGUCGGACUACUUCAAGGAUUCUUUCUCGAAAAGUUACCACUAAAUCUUUUCACCAUCACGCGUGACCAAGUGAAAUUACUUCAAAAAGACAACAUUGUCGAUACAAAUUCAAAUGUUUUAACGUUAAAAGAUCUAGGGAUCAAGUCACCUCGUGAGGCCGAAAAGAUCCUGCAUCAAUAUCUCAGAAAUUAUGAUGCUGUGACCCCAAACAAACGGACACAUCGACCGGUCGAAAAAUCAGUCGAGGAUGAGAUUGCGGAAAUCGAACGCAUUAGGCGAAAAACACCGAAAAAGGCAAUCGAGAUUGAGGCAGAAAUGCUCAAGAAACAAAAAGAACAUGAUGCUCAAACCAAGAAAUAA